AUGUCGCAAAACGUCGCGAAACUCGAGUUUUUCGACAUUGAAAUUUCGGGAAACAAAUAUGAUUUUUAUCAAAAUGUGGAAAAACUAUAGAUUGUUUUUGUAGAAAAAAACAUAUCAGGGGUUGAAAAAGGAUAUUAAUUUACGAAAAUAGGUAAUAAAAACUUCUGAUUGUGAGAAGGAAUCUUUGUCAAUUGAAAGUAUUUACAAAUAAGCGUAAACAAAUUUUUCCUGUUUGCUUACUGUCAUUUUGAAAUUUUGAUAAACUGGAAGAGGUUUGAAGACAAUAUAAAAAAAAUUCCACAAAUCCCCUACAGAAUUUUGCCUCGUGGAUUUUUUCAGCUUUAAAAACAUUUAUUAAAAAAAAAAAUUUAAAAACAUUUAUAAAAAAAUUUCCAACCCUUAUUUUUUGCAGACCUUCAACUUCAUUUAUUCUCUUCCUCAACUUUUCCAUUUUGUUCCAUGUCCACGUCAUCGAAUGCCAAAAUAUGAUGGAAAAUCGGACACUGUUUCAAUGUCAAAAGCGAUUUUCAAAAAAUCCGAACUCAAAUCGCUUGGAAAAUUGUCACUAUUUAUCUUCAAUUUAGUUGGUCUACUUGAAAAACGAGAAUUUGAAAAAGAUGGAGAAAUGUGAGUUUUUCUUGAUUUCAAUUCUGAUACUAUAGUCUAGUUUAAUUGACAAACAAACCAGCAAAAUUACAAACAUCAAUUUUGUGCGAAUACCACGUGCAGAGUUCCGUAAUACGUUUUUAAUGGUUUUACAAUCAGCUCACCACUGAUAAAAACACAAAACGAUGUUUGAAACAGUAAAAAUAGUUAUCAGAGAAAGUGAACGCAAGGUGCGGUUUUGAAAUGAUUUUUUGAGGGGUACUGUGGUUUUUUUUGAGGCUGGAAAAGAGGAAAAAAUGAAAAAUACAGUAGUCGAACUGCAAGUUUCGAUUGCUGAAUGUUGAACUGUAUUUUUCUCAUCUAAAGAAAAUUGGACGAAGUACAGUAUCCCGAAUUGCAAAAUGUAGCGUUUUGUGAAAUACAGUACCAUGAACUUCAGAUUUUUCUGAACCACAGUACUCACGAGCUGUAAAAACAUCUCAUUUGAAACUUCCCACUUCCACGCAUACAAAAAAUAAAACGAUGAACUUUUUUAAAAUUAUUUUUCCACGUUUUUAUUUCUUCUCGCCUCAAAACGAAUCUAAUUUGAUCUUGAAGUUUAAUAUCUAUCUAUUUCUGGCAUUUAUUAUUUCAUCGUGUAAACAUCUAUUUAUGAGCCUAUUUUAUAGGUUUUUAGUUUUUUCCCAUCAUCGCUGAUAAGAACAAAAAACGAACUUCCUGAUAUUUUUGCAGCUGGAUCGAGAUCAACAAUUUGACAAUCAUUAAUUUGGUGCUGAAAUUCUCCGGGCCAAUGCAUGAAAGUCGAUUGAAUCAAGUUUUGAUGGGAAUUCAGAUUUCUUGCUCAAUCCUGGCUUUCUUCAUCCGAUUUUAUCUUGCUUCACUGUUUUAUGAUGUGGUUAAUUAA